AAACAGCUAAACCGGACGUGGACAGACAUCAAAAUUACGUUGGCGGAAACAAGGUUUAAAAUUGUUUUAAUUUUUGUUGUGGUGCAGAGAAAGUCUUGGUUGUGGUCGGAAAUACGUUCGUUUUCUGUCAUUCGUCUGGUUAUGGUUAAAUGAUGUCUUCUUGCAAAAGACGGCUGUGUUUCCUUUCGUUUCUGUCUCUUUUGUCAUCACUUUGUGAUUGUCACCCACACGUGAGCCGGAUGGUGGGUGCAAGAGCAGCAUCCAAUCAAACUGCAAGAAAAGUUUCACAUAUAGCAGAAGAAGUCGCAGGCUAUACUGAUGUGGCAAAACAGAUCAUUGACCUGGCUGUGUAUGGUGCUGCACAGAACCGAUCCUACAGGCGACUGGCCGACUUCACUGACACUGUGGGGAACCGUGUCAGCGGUUCUCAGAAUCUAGAGAUGGCUAUUAAAUACAUGUACAAGGCCAUGACACAAGAUGGGCUGGAUGUUCAUUUAGAGCCUGUGAAAAUCCCACACUGGGUGAGAGGGAAGGAAAGUGCAGAAAUGAUUUCACCCAGAGUCAAAAAACUAGCCAUACUGGGAUUGGGCAGCAGUGUGGGAACACCACCUGAAGGUAUUGAAUCAGAAGUGUUAGUCGUUCAAUCUUUUGAGGAACUGAAGAAACGAUCGAGUGAGGCUGUUGGCAAGAUUGUGGUUUUUAAUCAGCCAUUUGUGAGCUACGGGCUGACGGUGGCUUACCGAGCCUUUGGUGCCUCUGAGGCUGCUAAAGUCGGAGCUGUGGCCACCCUCAUCAGGUCUAUCACUCCAUUCUCUAUUAACAGUCCACACACAGGUUGGCAGGAUUACCAGGAUGGAGUGAAGCAGAUCCCUACGGCCUGUAUCACUGUGGAGGAUGCUGAGCUGAUGUGGCGAAUGGCACAGAGGGGACAGAAGAUUGUGGUGCGACUGACAAUGGAAGCAAAGACACUGCCGGACGCUGACUCCUUCAACACAGUGGCAGAAAUAAAAGGCUGGCAGCACCCUGAACAGGUCGUUUUACUGAGUGGUCACCUGGACAGCUGGGAUGUUGGCCAGGGAGCAAUGGACGAUGGAGGCGGAGCUAUGAUUUCCUGGGAGGCUUUGUCACUUAUCAAGGACUUAGGUUUGCGUCCCAGGAGAACUCUCCGUACAGUUCUGUGGACAGGUGAAGAGCAGGGUGGAGUCGGAGCUCAACAGUACUUUAAUCUACACAAGGUCAACCUGUCCAACUUUGACCUUGUCAUGGAGUCUGACCUGGGCACGUUCACACCGGUCGCUUUGCAGUUCACUGGAAGUGACUCAGCAAGAAAGGUGAUGGAAGAGGUGGUCCAACUGUUGGCUCCCAUCAACACGACCAAACUGGAGGCACAUGGAGAAGGGACAGACAUAUCACCAUGGAUGCAGGCAGGAGUACCAGCUGCCAGCCUCCAUGUGGCCGACAGUCGCUACUUCUGGUUCCAUCACAGUGAAGGUGACACCAUGACCGUUCAGAACCCUCAGGACAUGAACCUCUGCUCGGCAUUGUGGGCCGUUGUUGCGUAUGUCGUGGCAGACCUGGAGAAGAUGCUUGAUAGGUAGCUGUUUAGGAGAAAGGGUUUCAACCUGCAGUAGAUGAGGUGAGUUAUCAGAGCCACUGGUUGGUUUUACAUGUAAAGACUUUUUUUUUAAAACCCCCUUUUUUUUGUAAAACCCUGGCUUAAAGAAAAAAUGAAAAAAUGAUAACCUUGAGACUCAGUUACAACAUCAAGUGAAAUAAGUCUUACACAUAUCACAGCAAUUCUUAAUAAUGUCUCUAUAACUACACAACAGUCUACUUUCAACUGCAGUAUUAUUUCUGUUUUUUUAAUGCUUUAUUUGUGUUAUAUUGAACAUCAUAGGUUGGAUAAAAAUUAUAUAUUGGGGUUCUAUGAUCAUCACUGCUAAAUAAUUAUUACAGAGACACAAUCCAUGUAUUCAACAUUCAACAACUACAGUUUUGCUGCUGUACAAAUCUGGUCCUCUGAGGAUUUCUUUGUGACUUUUCUGUUAAAAGUUGAGUGUAUUACAGCACAACUGCAAACCUGUUUAUUUUAUACUUAACACGUGACUUUCUUCUCUUUAAUUUCACUGAAUUAAAAUGGUGUACAAGCGAAA